AUGAUUAUGAAUAGCACUAAGGUUGCUGUGGUGGGAAGUGGAAUUUCAGGAGCAGUCUGUGCAUCAAAUCUUGCCAGAAAUGGAGUAUCUGUGACAUUGUUCGAGUCUGCCAGAGGCCCUGGUGGCCGCAUGUCUCAAAGAAGAGAAGUUGCUGAAGAUGGGAAGGAGCUAUUGUUUGACCAUGGUGCUCCAUUUUUCAAUGCCAACAACACUGAGGUUCUGGGUCUUGUUCGUGAAUGGGAAACAAAGGGUCUUGUUGCUUGCUGGAGAGAGAAAUUUGGGUGUUUUGAUCGUGUUUCCAACAAAUUUGUGGACCUAGAACAGGAAGGAUUAAUAGGUAAGAGAUAUGUGGGUAUCCCAGGCAUGAACUCUGUAUGUAGAGCAUUGUGCCACGAACCUGGAGUGGAAAGUAAGUUUGGAGUGAGUGUUGGGAGAUUGGAAUGGCUAGAUGAUGAGAAUUUGUGGUCAUUGAUUGGUUUAGAUGGGCAAAAUCUUGGCCGGUUUAAGGGAGUAGUUGCAACAGACAAAAACAUUGUUUCGCCCAGGUUUACAAGUGUUACAGGGAGACCACCACCUCUUGAUUUAAAUUUAGUUCCAGAAUUGGCAGUUAAGUUGAAUGAUAUUCCUGUCCGCCCAUGCUUUGCUCUCAUGAUAGCAUUUGCAGAGCCUCUGUCAUCAAUACCCUUUAAAGGCUUCUUAAUAAAAAAUUCUGAAGUUCUAAGCUGGGCUCAUUGUGACAGCAGCAAGCCUGGCCGUUCCACCUCUAGUGAGCGAUGGGUUUUGCAUUCAACAAUGGAGUAUGCUCAGACUAUAAUUGCUCAAACUGGACUUCAGAAACCUUCAAAUGCAACAUUGACAAAAGUGGCUGAAGAACUCUUCCAAGAAUUACAAAGCAUGGGACUUAAUAUCUCACAGCCCCUUUUCAAGAAAGCCCAUAGAUGGGGAGCUGCUUUUCCAGCUACAAGCAUAGCCAGAGAGGAGAAAUGCCUUUGGGAUAAGAACAAGAGGCUUGCCAUUUGUGGUGAUUUCUGUGUUAGUCCAGAUGUUGAAGGUGCUAUAGUUAGUGGCAUAGCUGCAGCUUCAAAACUUACAGAUGUCCUCAGCUGCUUAUGA